AUGCCGCCGCUCUUCACCCACCAACAAUGCAGUGAGGCUCGACAUUUGCUGCGCGCAAUCCUGCGCGAAGCCACCUAUCUCUCCGACCACCAAGCUCGCAUCUACAUAGCCACCCAUGCCGUCGCCCGCUUCCGAGACUACACGCCUGCACACAAACCUGACGACGUUUUGAAAGCACGGAGACGCGAGCAGCUCGACCAUGCCCGGAAAGGUCUGUCCGAGCUGCGUCGCGCCAACCAAGGAGAGCUGAAACCCCUGCUCAAAGUCCUCCAUCUGACCUAUGCUCGCAUUGGCAAGAGACGACACGAGAUCUUGCGUGACUUUCAAUACAAGCCGCCUGCCGAUGCUGACCCCAAGCCCGACACCUUGCCCAAGCUCUCGCCUCAACACAUCGCCCUCCUUGACUCUCAAAAACUGGCUUCUCCGCCCAACAUUGUUCGUCCUCUUCUCCGAUCAUGGUCUCUAAAAAUCCCCGAGACGAACAGUUGGGAAAAACCCCUGCCCAAGAAGCGCAUCGCCAAAAUUGUCCGGGACUGGUAUGCCGAUGUCCUGGAGCGAACAGUUGUGCCUCUUCCUGUUGCCGAGUGGGAACGCUUGCGUGAUCUCGCUCUGGGACAAAUCAAGUUCCAAGGUCCUCCUCCCCGUCGCCGCAUGCCUGCUUCAGGACCCAGCUUUCCUUCUGCACUCGAGCUCGCCCUUGGACUUGUCCAGCUUAACUCACCUGAUAUUGUUAUCAACAAUGUGACAAAAUCCUUCCAUGCCCGUAAAAUCACCCCGCGCUCAAUGAGGAGAUGCUGGGCCACGGUUUUUGCACAGUGUCCUGUAAUGUCAUGGAAUGCAAAGUCCGAAAAGUGGUCAAUUGAAUGGGGUUGCAAUGUUCUUAACCAAGCAAGGAUAGCGAAUGCUACCGACGAAGCCGGUUUGGAUAAGAGUUGA